AUGAAUCUCUCGUGGAGAGCCGCUCAGGAUGCAGCAUUCCUGGCGCAAUCGCGAGUUACCGAAGUCACAGUCGCCUAUUCCGUCCCCAUUCCCCUCGAGCUGUUGACGACUGGGCUGCGUCUUUGGGUCAAAUUACGAGGCCCAGGUGGAGGUCUCAGUUCUGAUGAUUAUCUGAUGGUGUGGGCCACGUUUGUCGGAGCCGCAGUCUGUGUCAGUGGAUUGAUCUAUGGACCCCCCUAUGGAUUCGGACGUCACAAAGCGGCCCUUUCGGAUGAGCAGAUAGAAACGUUCAUGAUGGGCAACUACAUCUUCAGCCACUUCUAUAAUGCAGCCAUUGCCAGCACCAAACUCGCGGUGUUGGCGCUAUACCAUCGCAUCUUCGUGACCUUCAAGUUUCGCCUCAUAGUCCUCACCACCGCUGUCUUUGUGAUCCUGUGGUUGAUGACGAUGGAAAUUGUCCUGGGCCUGCAAUGUCGCCCGAUUUCGCGAUUCUGGGACUCGGAUGUGCCGGGAACAUGCUUCGACCUAGUGGCGUUCAGCUACUUCACCAACAUCACCAACCUGGUCACCGAUAUCUGGAUCUUUGCCCUGCCUUUGCCCGUCAUUUUCAAGCUCCAGAUGUCUCGUAAUCGGAAGAUCGCUCUUAGUUUUCUCUUCUCUGUCGGACUGGCAACGUGUGCCAUUAGUGCAGCCCGUCUUUCUGUCGUGGUCUCGCAGGGCUCGUCCGACUUUACCUGGGCUGGGGUGCCGUUAGGAAUCCUCUCCGCGUGGGAGCCACUCGGCGGAAUCUUCUGCGCCAAUCUCCCCGUCAUCUAUCGUGCAGUAAUGACCAUGUUUCGGAACCUCAAGAGCUCUGCCCAUGGCCAACCCUCUCACACGGUCGACCCUAAUUCGCAGCCCUACAGGGACGCAGAGCAAUCCCAUCGACCUUGGGUCCCGCUUUACAACGGGAGCGGCGUGCAGAUGGACUACCACACGGAGGCCUCUGCCACAAAGGCGCACGGUGCGGUCACAGAGUUACGGUCGAUAAGUCGCAAUGCCAUUCAAGUGGAGCAGUAUUUUGAGCAGCGGGUUGAUCAUGAAGGCGAAGAGACACCGUUGCGUCCAUUACCAAAGGGAAGCUCGUAG